GGCGGGGUUUGGCGCGGCAAGGAGGCUUUUGGAGUCCUCUUUCGGGGCCGCAGGGCAAAAUUUCUCCUCAGGAUCGCCGUGGUCAUGGCCAGCCAGUCUCAGGGCAUCCAGCAGCUGCUUCAGGCCGAGAAACGCGCCGCCGAGAAGGUGGCCGAGGCCCGCAAGCGGAAGAAUCGGCGAUUGAAGCAGGCUAAAGAAGAAGCUCAGGCCGAGAUUGAACAGUAUCGCUUGCAGAGGGAGAAGGACUUCAAAGCCAAAGAAGCUGCAGCGCUCGGUUCCCACGGCAGUUCCGCCACCGAGGUGGAACAGGGCACCCAAGAGAAGAUGGCCGUUCUUGAGGAGAACUUCCAAAAGAAUCGGGAUGAAGUGCUGAACAGCUUGUUGAAUUUGAUCUUCGACAUCAAACCUGAAAUCCAUGCGAACUAUCGGAUCAACGGAUAGGCGAAUCUUUUUUGUCCUUCGGGAAGUAUUCAGCAAUACCGGCUUUAGCUGCACCCCUUUUAUAAAGGUGCAUCACUUAUUCCCAA